CUUUCACUUCUUUCUGACCGGACACGACAGGAGGUCACUUCUCCAUCCAGCCAGGAUGAUGCAGUUUAUUUUCACCGGAGUCUCGCAUCUUGUCCUGGUUCUCCUGGUUCAGCUGACGGUGCCUGCUCAGAUUCCACCUCCACCAGACGAUAAGGCCCCCAGAGGGAUGAUGUUCCAGGAGGUGCUGGCGAAGAGCAUGUGUCACCCUAUGGAGCAGCUGGUGGAUGUGGAGCAGGAGUUCCCUGAAGGCGUUGGAUACAUCUACAUGCCUGCUUGUGUGUCACUAUGGCGAUGCUCUGGUUGCUGUGGGGACGAGAACCUGGAGUGUCACCCCACCCACGAACGUAACAUCACUGUACAGAUGAUAAGAAUUGCUCCGAAGAUAUCCAGUGACCACGUGGAACUGACCUUUGUGGAGCAUCAGAAAUGUGACUGCAGAGCCCGUCAGACACUUCUAAAAUAUAAAAGCAGCGAUGACACCGGCAGGAUUAAACCUCGGAGGAGGAAACUCAAGAAGACAGGGACCAGCUGCGGCAAACACAACAAGGAGUUAUAUGUGCCGUGAGUUUGGUAUUUGGAAAAGGUCAAAAGCAGCACGUGUCAGAGGUAAUCUCUCUGGAAUAAUCUCUUUCCUUUCUUUCUCUCUAAAAUUGUUACGGAACCAAUAUUGAAUUAUUGUACAGCGAAGAUAUACUUCAAAGACGAGACGCCCAAAGUAAAUACUGAUAAGUCCACACAUGAAACUCAGUUUACUUGUCAGUGAGAAAGUAAGUACUACUUAGUCUGUGAAAACACUUUUUGAAUGUCUCCUCAGGUUUUAAGGGAAGCUGUGUAUAAACUCAGAAAAUAACCCUAUAGAUGUUUAUAACAGAAAACCUGUGUUACAUACUUGAGGUGUGGGAGUUGAAGGGUUUCGGUGUGGGCGGUAAAAAUCCUAGACUGUGUAUAAAGAUGGACGACAUGUCUCCACCUCCGACAUGUCUCCACCUCAAUUCUUAUCAUUCUGUAUUGAAGCAGUUUCCCACAUGUUGGUUGACUUUUCUCAACUCUAUCUUACAUCAUUAUUCAUAUUCCCAUAUGGAUGUUGAAACUGCUUUUGGUCAAUGUCAUCAUCCCUCCUGUCCACAAUGGCUGCAAAAAGACCUUUCUUCAUUUCCCCUGUGUGGAAACACAGAGCUGACAUUUUUAAGAUUAUCACACUUUUGGAAAAAAUCAAUUUUAUGGUUAGAAAAACAAUUUUUAUCUGGACAAAGGGGUGAAACAGAAAGAAAAAGAUAUGUUUGCAAAAAUAAUUGGCUUAGUGUGGACAUACGCUGAUGCAAUUCCAGUCCAAGUGAUGAGGGACAUGUGGGACAAAAAAAAAGCAUUUCAAUGCCACAGUAAGAAAACACUAAUAAUAAUUGCGUUCUUUAAAU